GAGAGGCAUGUUUUUACCCUCAACAAACAUCAUCUUUGUUUGAGUAUCUGUAGUCUGUGUAACCACAGCAAGGUCUUUUUUCUCCCUUAGAAUAUAUCUCAAACCUUUUCUUUCUUGUGUUUGUUUCACAAAUAGUUUAAAGUAGAGCUGCCUUCCACACUUGUGUUUCAGUUUGUUGCAGAAUAUGUGAGGGACCGCCUAACACUGUUGGUGUGCUUGCAACUGGAAAGCAGUAAUGGAGUCUUGGUGUAGAUAAAUUUACUCUAUGAGGACUGAAGCUGUUGUUAAUUCCCAGGGCCAGACUGGUUAUCUAACAAAGGAUUCAAACCAGGAUGUAGCACUUAAACUUGCCCAGGAGCGAGCUGAAAUAGUUGCUAAAUAUGACAGAGGACGAGAAGGUGCAGAGAUUGAACCUUGGGAAGAUGCUGAUUACCUUGUUUACAAAGUCACGGAUAGAUUUGGCUUCUUACAUGAGGAGGAGCUCCCAUAUCACAAUGCAGCUAUGGAACGGCAAAAGCACCUGGAAAUUGAAAGAACUACUAAAUGGUUGAAAAUGCUAAAAGGAUGGGAAAAAUACAAGAACACUGAAAAGUUUCAUAGGAGAAUUUACAAAGGAAUCCCACUCCAACUCAGAGGUGAAGUCUGGGCACUGCUCCUGGAGAUCCCAAAAAUGAAGGAAGAGACCAGAGACCUGUACAGUAAAUUAAAACACAGAGCACGGGGUUGUUCGCCUGAUAUCAGACAGAUAGACCUUGAUGUCAACCGCACAUUUAGGGACCAUAUCAUGUUUAGAGACAGAUACGGUGUGAAGCAACAAUCCCUGUUCCACGUUCUUGCUGCAUAUUCUAUUUAUAAUACGGAGGUUGGAUACUGUCAGGGGAUGAGCCAGAUCACAGCCUUGCUCCUCAUGUACAUGAACGAGGAAGAUGCCUUCUGGGCCCUGGUCAAGCUGUUCUCAGGCCCCAAACACGCCAUGCACGGAUUUUUUGUCCAUGGUUUUCCCAAACUCUUGAGGUUUCAAGAACAUCAUGAAAAAAUACUGAAUAAAUUUUUGUCCAAGCUUAAGCAGCACUUGGAUUCUCAAGAAGUCUACACAAGUUUUUACACAAUGAAGUGGUUUUUUCAAUGUUUCCUUGAUCGGACGCCCUUUACACUAAACCUCAGAAUAUGGGACAUCUAUAUCUUCGAAGGAGAACGAGUUCUUACUGCUAUGUCUUACACAAUCUUAAAAUUACACAGAAAACAUCUUAUGAGAUUGUCCAUGGAAGAACUUGUAGAAUUUCUUCAGGAGACCUUGGCAAAGGAUUUUUUCUUCGAAGAUGACUUUGUAAUAGAGCAGCUCCAGAUUUCUAUGGCAGAACUGAAGCGGGCAAAGCUCGACCUUCCAGAGCCUGGCAAAGAGGAUGAAUUUCCAAAAAAACCUUUGGGGCAGCUUCCCCCUGAAGGUCAGUCGGCUGGUGUCGCUCACCUGAGCAACGGACAGAGGAGCGUGGGCAGGUCGAGUCCUCACCCUGGCGGUCGGAGAGGCAGCGGCUCGCCCCUCAAGACCCACGACCCUUCCCCGCCCCACCCACGCCGCACCGGCACCCCGGAGAGGGCGAGGCAGCAUCGGCGGAAGUCGUCGGACGAGGAGGGUAAGAGGCUUCGCGACGAGGCUGAGGCGCAGGCGCAGAGGAGACUCCCGCCGGCCGCCCAGGACGGCUCCGGGCAGUACAACCACGCGGCGGCCAAUCAGAACAGCAACGCCACCUCGCGCGCCCGGAAGGAGUUCGCGCCCCGAUGGCACAAGCCUUCCGAGGCCGCGGUUCUGGAGAAGACCGCCAAGUCCGCCGUGGAAGGCCGGAGCCGGGCCGCACCCCCCGCGCUCGCCGACCCCCGGGCCGCGCACGUGAGGCAGAAGACGAAGGUGCUGGACGCAGAGGAGGGCAAGCGCGGCUCCACCGCCUCGCAGUACGACAACGUGCCUGAGGACGGUCCGGGCGGCGCUGUGGAGGAGGCGCUGGAGCGCGCGCGGGCGCAGAGCCCCCGGAGGCCCUCCGAGCCCGGCGCCAGCCCGUCCAGGGCCCCGCCCAAGUUCGCCUUCAAAGUCCUGCCCACGAGUUACGCCCCGCACCCGUUCCUGCCAGACGGGGAAGAUCGCGGGGCCGCGCACCCUCCUUUGUACAGUAACCCCCCCACCUACCAGGGCAGCUCUCCAAAACGGGUCCCCGCCGCCAACAGCAGCUUCCCGUUCCCCCCCGGGGCUCACACGAAUCCUUCCUGGAGACCUUACGGCUCCGCGCUUCCAGUCAGCGCUUCUCCAGAGAAAUCUCACAGCCGCCCGACUCCUCUGGUCCAGCCGUCGAGUCGAAUAGAAGUUCUCCCUGCUGAUUUUGGUGCCGGCGGAUAUUCGGGCAAUUCAGGGUCCCCAAAGAAUGGGAAAUUCAUCCUUCCUCCAGGGGAUGGAUUGCCAGAUAACAGAAAAUGGUCAGAAGUUGGUUACACGUGGAGACCAGAGAUGCACGGACAGCCGUGGACAAGAGAUGUCAACCGUGGCCACUUGAGCAGUUUCCCAAGACACCCCACGUUUCACCACACCCCCUAUCAGGACCACGCCCUCCCCGCAGUCUCCGUAGAUGGUCCAGUGCGGUAUAGAACUUCCCCAGCUCUGGAAGACGCCACUUCACCCGGGUUUCAGUAUUCAGGGCCCUCACCUCCAGCGUAUCACUACAGAAAUCGGGAUGGACUCUCUAUUCAGGAGUCAGUAUUGCUGUAAGAAUUCAUCUGUACUUGCUGCAGACAAGAGACUAGAAACCGUAUGAGACCUGAAUUGCUACGUUUAUAAUUGCCAAAGCAGUAUUUUAUACAAUUGUAAAGAACUCGCACAGUUCUCAUGUAUGUCAGUAAUAAGAAUAUAUGGAAGUGAUUUCAUCCCCACCUAGAUGCCGCUUAACAAUGAGCUUUUAACGUGCAUCAUCACUGAACCCAUUAAAAGGAAUUUAACCUGGAAAUAUAGCAAUAGCAUUUAGGGAUGCACGCACAGUUUCAUUUAUAUCUUUUUCCAAAAUCUGAAUAUUUGUACUCUCUUAGCCCAUUCUAUUUUGAGUAAUGUUACAGAGCACUGAAAAGCGGUAGAAUAGGUAUUUUUAAGGCUGUCCCUAGUGUAUGGUGUUUUUUAAUAGCUACUAUAUAGGCAUCUACCCAUAUACAGUCAAACACAGAACUAAAAAAAGGUUUUGAAGAAAAUAACUUUCAAUGUAGAUCCAUGGAAUAAUUUAUUCUUUUCCCUAACUUACCUUUUAGUCAAGUUUUGUCCGCAGCCCCCGCCCCCCCCCCCCCCCCUUGUAUUUUUAACCCAGGUCCUAAACUGACUUGAGGGUUUGCCCUGAUUUAAUUUGGCGUCUCAUGGAAUGCUCAGCUUUCUCAUUCAGUUUUCAAUCUGAAAAUUAAAGACAUUGGAGAGGAAGGCUAACCAGUUAAUGGUGCUUAAAAAAUCAGCACAGUUUAAGUUUUGUUUUCAGAAGUGCAGCACGCAGUGUGUCCGUGUUCACAGAGAAAUCAGCUUUCGUGUGUCUCUGCCUUUUUCUGGUCUGACUCCUGUAAAGCUCAGAGCAGAGUAUGCUUGCCAGACGCCCAGAAAGUGCGCGCAUAACUCUCCAGUGGAUGCCAGCUGAAGUUGCAAGUUACCAAUCAUCAGUCACUCAUAGCAGAACCAACUGCUUUGAAAUUCAUUUGAAAGCAGGAUUAACAAUAUGGUCCUUUCUUACUUCUGUCCCUUAAAUUCCUGUGAAACCUCCCUACAAAGGGCAGGGAGAUACUUAUAUGGUCUUUUCCUGGCCCUCUUCCUUUAAAGAAUGUAGUCAGUGGAUAUUGCUGCUCUUAGGCCAUUAAAUUAUUGCUUUGUAAAAUUGUAAAAAACGAUCCUAAUUAUUACUAGGAAUCUCAGAUUUUGGUCCUUUUUUUUUUUUUAAUAGCAUGGCUAUCAUAUUUUCAGAAAUCUUUUUUUGGUUGGUUGUUUCAGUGAAAAAAGUUCAGUUUCAUGGUAACAAAUCAGCAGUAUCUUUCAGAAUGUUCUUUUACACUACAAUGACCAGAACGGCAACCAAGUUUUGGGCACUCCAAGAAACUCUGUCUUUGGGUUUCACUGGAGAGCUGGUUUUCACCCUCACUUUGCUCUUGUUCAAACAGUAGAGAAGAGAAAACCUAACAUUGAUGGUUCUUCUUGUAAGUUGGGGCUUUUAAGCUUUCAAGGUACAGAAGUAUAUGUUUUAAAAUGAGAGUAACAUUUGUUUAGCUAGUGAAUGUGACAAUAUUUUUUAUGUAUAUAAUGAGUCUAAUGUAAUUUUAAUCAACUUGGUAAUGAUGUUAUUAAAGGGCAAAACAAAUGCAGUGUGUUAGCAGCUGAGCACUGCACAGAAACUCUGACAAAAUCCCAAUACCACAAGGCUCCUGAUUCAGAUCAUGUGGAAGCUGAGAAAUAAAUGUAUAUAAAAAUGUAGCUGGGGAUGUGAACUCCAAUUUUAAACCAUGAUUCUGUGACUUGUAAUAAUCCAAGCUGUACAAUUUAGUUUAUGAUAGCAGCAUCAGAGCUGCUUCAAAAUAUAUAUAUAUCAACAGUGGUAAAUACUGUAGAUUUAUAUAUAUAUAUAUGCAAAAAAUAUAUACACACACACUAUUUUCUUAUGUCAUCUAUGACAUUUUUUAUCUGUAUACUUUUUUUGAUGUGAUUGUUUUUAACAUGCUAAAGAAGUAUAUUUUGUUUGUGUCUUUUAUGUGCUUUUUUCAUAUGGCAUCUCUGAUUUUUCUAAACCUUGUUCCCUUCUAACUGAGUAGAUAUGACCCAUUAUUUGCCUCCAUGCCUAUAUAUAUUGCAGUUCUAUGUUACAUGCUUUACUAGUUUCCAGUAAUUCUGUAUUUAGAACCGUAUCACCUGCCUUUAUUUAAUCAGCCAUUUUUAAUAGCUUACAAGUCUGUUAGUGUGUGAAAUUCACUCAGUUGUGUCCAACUCAUUGCUAUCCCCAUGGACAUAUAGUCAUGGGAUUCUCCAGGCCAGCAUACUGGAGAGGGUAGCCUUUCCCUUUUCCAGGGGAUCUUCCCAACCCAGGGAUUGAACCAGGUCUCCCACAUUGCAGGUGGAUUCUUUACCAGCUGAGCCACAAGGGAAGCCCUUUUAAUAGCAAUAAGGUAUUAUUUUCAGUUUCCCCCCAUUGUGAAAUGUAGCUGUUGGCUUUUCAAGUAGGAAAAUUUAAUUUGAACUUAUUUUGCCUCCAUCCAGUUUUACUCUUUCAAAUUUAUCUUUUAAUAAAAGAUAAAGAAUGAAAUGUUAAAAGAUGGAAUAAUAUUCUUAUAGGAGGUUAAGUAUAUUUAGAAAAAAUCUGGUAAGGAUCUUCAUUGUUUUCUCUAGAUAUAUACGAGGUAAAUAUUUUACCACCAUUAAGUCUUUUCUUCAUAGCAGUUUUGCUUAACACAGUAAGCACUUUGAUAUAGUUUAUAUAUUUUUUUAAUAGUUUGAAAAAUUAAAGAAACUAGACCUAGUGUCUCAGAGAGUUUUAAAACUUCAACUCUUUCAGGUGCUUAUGUUGUUUCCAGGAUGUUUAAAACAGAAGACAGCUUUGGGAGCCGACAGAUGUCUCUACUGUCAAACCAGACAUACAGGGGAGGAACAGAAUUACUCUUCCUCCUGCCCUCUAGGUUCUCCAUCCAGACCUCGUAGGUUGGGCUGAUAAAGGGCAGACGAGCAGGAGAAAGGCAACCAGAAGGUCAUUAUAACAUGUGUGUCCCGCCUUCACGUGGUAUCCAGUGAUGAGUUGCUCCAAGGGAGGGUUAGCUUUCCCCAACUAAGCUUUCUCCACCCAGCUUAGUUGGGGAAAGGGAUGGGGAAGAAAGGGCACUUAAAAGCAAAUGACUUUCUAGAAAAUAAAUGGGCCUUUAGCAAAGCAGAUAGGAGAAAUGAUCAUUUGUCCUGGGGGGCUGAGUGGGGCGCCAGAAGAGGAGAUUUGAAGUUGCCUGGGGAGGGGAUUUACGACAAUUGCAUUCUUUGGGAAGGCUCUGCUUUCAGGCAGGUAAAGGAUUUCAGGGCCUCCGGUAACCAGCCCAGCGGUCAUUCGUACCCCCAAAGUGGCCUGCUUUGGGGUGGCAGGUCCUGAUCCCCUGCACCAUCAACGACAGAAUGUUUCUCUAAAGAAGGAAAAGAGAUUCAGUCAGUGGGACAUCUCCAAAGAAGCAAAAUAGACGUUUACAGGAUGUGAUAUGAUUGUUUUAACUUUUUUUUCAUUUUAAGAAGAUUCUGAUACUAAGUUUUAUGUCACUGUGAGUGUCACUUUAUAUUUAAUCAUUUCCGAUCUUUGUCUCAGGGCUCGUUACACCAUAAGCACAAAAAUGAUGCCUAGUCAAUAUUUCGCUAAGAUCCCUUUUCUUUACUUUUUUUAUGAUUAGAGAAAAACAUUCCAGGUCCACAAAUAGGGCUUUAUUCACACAGGAUCUACAGCUUAAUCUUUUGGAAAUAUUAUUACUUCUCAGUUAUCUUUUAGAUUCACGCCUUUGUUUUCAGAUGUUCUUGAUUGUGGGUUAUUUAAGAUUGGUUUUGGCAGUCUGUUUCUUUGUUUUAAUUGUCCUUUAAUGGAUUUUAAAUUUCAUUUCUAAUACUAACAUUAAUACUUAGCGAUCAGACAGUUUUAAUAAGUCAGACUUAACUUUUACAAUGACCUAAGGUGUUGAGAACAGGAAGAAAGGAUUCCAUUUAAUAUUUAUUUGUGAAUUGUACUCUCAGAAGGGUUUCUGUUACUGAUAAAUCUAAGCAUAACUGCCACCAUUUUAUCAGUAAGAAUCCUGAAAAAUAGAGGAAAAAAAUAACAGAUUUCAUAGGAGUGGAUCUUCACCCCUGCUGCUCAUUAAAACUAAUUGGGGAAUUUUUUUUUUUUUUUAUCAAUUGUAUAUUCCCGCUGUGAGCUGU